CUUCUCAAAUUUGUUUGCAUUACAGACGACAAAGAAUUUAAAACCUCUGAACAGUUUGACGUUCUAGACGAAGACCUCAUUAUGGUUAGUGGACUAGAAUCAUCAACGACCUACACGGCACGAUUGCGUGUUACGAAUGAUGCAGGCAGUACUGUCAGUCCUACAACCGAAUUCAAGACAACUGGCACAGGUGCAUUGGCUGAUGAUGGUUUUGUCUUGGGAACCUGGAUGAUUAUUCUCAUCUGUAUCAUCAUCCUCCUUAUCCUCAUCCUUCUAAUCAUCUGUAUCAUCAAGAGCCAGAAGGGAGGCAAAUACAAUGUGUCUGAUAAGGAAAAGCAGCUCAACAAAGACAUUGAAAGCACACCACUGAAGGAUGAUGGGGGAUUCGAUGAAUACAAACCUCCCACUGGUGCUGAUGGUGAGCCUCUACGAGGGUCACAGGGCAGUCUGGAUGACAGUGAACAUGGUAGCAGCGAAACAGACAGUCUGAAGGAGUAUGCGGACGGAGAGACUGGCAAGUUUGACGAAGAGGGAUCCUUCAUUGGACAGUAUGGUGAUAACAAGAAACAAAGACAACCAGAUGAUGAGCAGGGAGGAGCAGCUUACUCAACAUUUGUCUGAGAGUUUGCAAACUCAUCAUCAAUUCAAACUCUCUUUGGAUAAAUAUCGUUUGGACUUUUUAGAUUCUUCUUCUUGAGUUGAAGCCCUGUUGGGCAUGAGGGAAGCUGUGAAUUGAACUUGGAUUGAAGUGAUAAGAUUUUGUGAUUAUGCCAAUCGCGAUGAUGUGUUCAAGUAUGUUUCACCAUGGUGUGGAUCUGCUUUCUAAUUGGAGAAAUUUUGAGGUUGUGUUUGGUUAGAAACACCUUUUUCUGUUCUCAGUAAAAUAAAAGUCCUUGUACUUAUAUCUUUAGCAAUGUUGGCAAUGUUAGGAGAUUGAAUUAAAAGUUUACAGCUAUGUAAAGGAUAUGGAUAAGUGUGUGCGCAUUUAAGCGAUAUUCAAGUACAAGUUUGACCCUUUGUGAUCUUAAUUGUAUAUCUAGCUUUGAUUCACAACCAGGAAUGACAGAUGUCACUUGUUUACAAAAUUAUGAAUCCAAGAAUGACCCAAUGAGAGAAGAAAAAAGAAUUGUGCACACAUUUAUCAGUACCUUUAGCAUACUUGUGUUUCUUGUUUACUACUGAAAUUUAGAGUUUAGGUAUAAUGUUUAUGUUUCUCCCUGGUAUAUCUAGUUCCUUUCUUUCCCCAUUCGUUGGUGCUGUCAUGUAAUCAAGCAGUACUAAGAAGCAUUUAGCAUCUUGUUACCAUUCUAAUCAUAUUAUGUGGAUGUCAGUGAUGAGAAUUGGGUGAUAUUAUUUAUGCUUCCUAAAUAUUCUCCUCAUUCCACUCUGCUAGGUUUGAAGUAAAUAGACUUUGACGGCCACGUAUUAACCCAUUGCCUAUAGUAAUUAAUCAGUCCAUGUCAUCAAUUUAUUGGAAUGUGAGAAUUUAUCAGUCAUUGGGUUAAAUAUUCAGCUGUGAUGAUUUGAAGCAUGUCAGAUGUUCUUGCCAAGCAUUUAUCAUCACUCCUGCUUCAAUAUAUGCCUAUUUCUUUCAUUUUUGCAUUCAUAUUGGCUAUAUUUAGCCAGAACGUUGAGACAAUCUCCAACCAUCACAUCUGCGAAUGUGUCGACAAAAAGGAAAUGUAUGAUGUGAUUAGACCUACUUAGAAAAGCUGGUCACAGUGUUCUGUUUCAUUAGAUAUUCCCCAAAAGACAUGGGCUGCUAUGAGAAAACUUCUGCUGGCAGAUAAUAUUGGAAUGUGGCUUGCUCAGGAAACAAACUGUGGUGCAGAGCACACUGUAUGAGAAAGGGUCAUACUGUUUAUUCUUAUUACUUUGCUGUCUAAUGCAGUCAUCCAGUACAUCUUAUUGCCUUGGUGUGUCCACAGAUAAUUCUGUAUGUCAGACAGCAAGUUAAUGAGAAAAUGCCAUAUAUUUAGAGUGCAUGACAUUGUCUUGUCUCACAAGAUGACAUAUAGAGCAGUCCCUUACAUUCUCUUCUCAUUCCAAAGUAAACAUUUAAACUUUGGCCCUGUAGCACAAAGUAUAACAAUUGGUCAUACUAUUGAUAUGUGUGAUUGAUUGCCCAUAAUGAUAGCAAUGGAAUCAGUUGUAAAAAUUAGCCAAUAAUCAAUUGCUUAGCUUUGUGGUAUAGGAGCCUUGACUGCACAUAUAAUUCCAUAACCCGGCCAACAGUUGACAACUUUGUUGAUCCUUAAUAUAAAGUAACCUUGUUCCCCUGCAUCCUAUCUUUUUUUUACUUUUUCAUCAAGAUUUAAAUUCAUUAAAUCAAACUAUCAUUAUCAGGUAACAAACCAAUUUUUGUGUGAUGAAUUAUAUUUUAUUUAUUCAACUGAUCAUAGUCAUCAUAUUUGGUAAAAGAUAAUGUUUUUAAUUGUAUCAAGAAAUUAGAUAAUCUAAGCAUACUAAAUUCAUGUCAUUUUGUGUGUUUCAUGGAAGCAACCAAAUGCUUCAAUAUGGUGAAUAUAAACAUCAUUUUGGUUUACAAAGAAAAAAAGCUAGCAUAGAAUAUAAGCUAGAAUAUGUUUUGCAAUAGUUCUCAUUUUUAUAUGUUCUUAAGGUGUACAAAGGUUUUUGACCAAGUCAAACAUCUUGUAUAUUAUUGUGAGUUUUAUACUGUUUCAAUUUUUUGAGAUGCAUUAAAAACCUUUUAUUUUAAGUUUUACUUCCAGACUUUUACAAACUUAGAAUGUAUAUUAUCUUUAUUUAGUCAACAUGAUAAUUGCUUUAAAAUUGAUCAUUCAAGCAUUAAGCAAGUUUUCAGUAGCAGAAAAUAUUUUUCAAACAACUUGCUCAAUCGAAUUUGUUUGAUUGUAUUACUAAUAUCAAUUACUUGAUCAGAUUCUGGGGUAAUUUUUUUCCUCAGAUUUAAAGAUUAUUGAUGGCUUUAUUUUCAUCAUUAAUCAGAAUAUUUCAAUGCACUUCGUCUAACACAAUGCAAUUGUUUUUUUUAUUUUAAGUUAACAAUGAUUUGGUUAUUGUUUUGGAAAAAGUGUGUAAAUUAUGCAUAAUACAAGCUUUGUUGGUUAAUUCAUAGUCGUGGGAAAUACCUUUUUUCACCUGUUAGUUCAUUCCAGAAUUAGAUUUGAAAGGUUAAUAUGAUUUCUGUAACUUUUCUCCAUUUUUGCAUUGUUUUAGAGCAGUGAUAUUUAUUAGGAUAAUAUAAAAUCUGUUUGUAAAUAAUUACAAUGUGUUUAUUGAGAGAGUUAGUUUAUGUCAAGGUUUGAAUUCACUUGGCUGAGAACUCGUGUGAUCAACAUGUGAAAAUGAGAUUGAUAUAGGUACUGUAAAAUUGUGAGUGGUUUUAUAUCAACAGAUUGUGAUUCAUUCUUAUGCAAUGACGAGAGUGAUAGGCUAAUUAAUGCCUCUUACACUGACAUGACUUCAUGUCACAGUCAAAUGUUUUUAAUAUGGAAAUAAGAAUAAGGUGGUUUUUAAAAGAGCAAUUGGACAUGGACUUUUAUUCUUUUCACCUGUAAAAUAUUAUGAAAAAUUUGUGAUAAAGGAAUCACUUGCUUUCAAGCACAUUUUAAAGGAUUUAUUGUUCAAAUUAUAAUUGAUGUUCCAAGCAUUUGCAUUUAAGAUGGAGAAUUGAGCAAACUUGUUUGUAAAAGUUCCUGAAAUGUAUUUUUUUCAUCGUGUAAACUUUCACAGUGCAAAUUGAUCAGUGUGUCGCGAGCGAUAUGAUAUUCACUUUUACAUAGUCGUAUAUACUUGUAGAUAAUGAUACUUGGGUCAGGAGUAAAGAUAAUUAUGGGGAAAUAUUGUGUUCCAUUGCAUGCAUCCUUUUAUCAGAUAUGCAAGAGAGAAAUUAUGAAUAAUCAAUUUCAUUUUUAGUCUGACCAAGUGGCUAUAGAUAUCUGAAAGCCAAUAAAAACAUUUUUGUAAUACACAACAUAUUGUAUAAGGGGGGGGGUUCAAAAUGUAGAACUAAUACUAUGAUGGGACGAUGGGGAUUUACUGAAGAUGUGUACAAUGUAUCCAAUCCUGACUGGAAAAAAAAUCUUGUAUGAAUUAGAGUUGCAGUGAAAGGCACUUAUUGUGAUUUACAGGCCUUUAACAUACAAUUGUCUCAAAAUCAUUUGUACAGUUUGAAGUUAAAACCUGCAAUUAUCAUGUUUAGUGUAUGUAUGUUAGAUCACUAUAAACUACAAUGCCACAUGAUUGGAACAGUAGUAUAGCACACCAAGUGUAGAUAUAUUAGUCAGUGUUAGAACCUAGUGGUAUAUGUCAAGAUGUUGUCAUAUUAAUCUCUCUGUAUCAUUUCUCAAUUGAAAUUCUUGCAACAAUUGAAGAUCAAGUGUAUAUACAUGCAAAAGCAUUGUGUAUUAACUCAAUGAUACAUGCAUCCUUGGAGAUAAGAAAUCAAUGAAUGCGAUGUUUGAUGUUAUAAUCCCAAGAUUUUGGUUACACAAAUGACAUGGAGUACUCAUAAAAUUCAAUAGCAACUUGUGUAUUUUUCUUACCAUCUUGUUGAACAUUGUACUGUAGUGUCUUCUUAGAAGUAAUUAUGAAGAAAUGGGACAUUCUUCUCUCUUUUUCCUUGUAUAUUCAGCUUGCCAGGUUUAGUGUUAUUAUUUUUAUUUCAAUCAUAAUCUUGAUUUUUUUUCCUGCUUCUUCCUAUCUUUUCUCUGCUGAAAGACGACCUUUCAUUUUAUUCUUGUUUGAAAUUCAUAAUCAUGCAUUCAGAUACUAAAUGUAGUACUUUAUCAACAUAGCGUCAUAUAGGUUUUUUUAUAUGAGUCAUUUAAAAGCAGCAUAUUUCAAUUUGUGUAUUUUUUUGUUGUUUUCAUUUGCAUUAUUUUCUACUGCUAGAUGUUAAAAGUAGAGAGAAAGCUGGUUUGAUCCAUCAUGGGUCUUGGUGAUUGUUUCUAUGCUGCCGUGCGCUCUUUUUUUUUAAACAUGCAAUCAAAGAUAGAUAAAAAUCAGAAGCAGAUUUGAAGAUUUAUAUUGUAUAGUUGUGUUGUUGCUUUGCUUGUAUUUAAAGACAAUAAUCAGCGCAACAAAAGAAAUAUAUGCCCCUAUUCCACCUUGGUUUGUACAUUGUUGUAUUUGUGGAAUUGAUAGGGUAAGUGAAGCUGUUUAUAGUCUUUAAUGAUAAUUAUAUAAAAUGUUUUGUCUGUUUUCAGCAUAAAGAAUUGAUUCUUUUUAUUUCCAUCGCCUGUUAUUUGUGUCAAAAUGAUACUCAAUUAAAAUAGUUGUCAAUUGUUCAAA